AUGUCUUUGCUUUCAGAUCUCAUCAGCCUCGACCUCACAGAGACCACUCCAAAGAUCAUCGCCGAAUAUGUUUGGAUUGGUGGAUCAGGAAUGGAUAUUAGGAGCAAAGCAAGGACUCUCCCGAAGCCAGUGACUGAUCCUUCAAAACUUCCCAAGUGGAACUACGAUGGCUCUAGCACUGGCCAAGCUCCCGGAGAGGACAGUGAAGUGAUUUUAUAUCCUCAGGCAAUUUUCAAAGAUCCAUUCAGGAGGGGAAAUAAUAUUUUGGUUAUGUGUGAUGCUUAUACUCCAGCUGGUGAACCAAUCCCGACUAACAAGAGACAUAGUGCGGCAAAGAUCUUCAGCCAUCCUGAUGUUGCUGCUGAAGAACCAUGGUAUGGUAUCGAGCAAGAGUACACCUUGUUGCAAAAGGAUUCGAAGUGGCCUCUUGGAUGGCCCACUGGCGGUUAUCCUGGUCCUCAGGGUCCAUAUUACUGUGGAAUUGGAGCUGACAAAGCUUUUGGUCGUGACAUUGUGGAUGCUCACUACAAGGCUUGUCUUUAUGCCGGAAUUAAUAUUAGCGGCGUCAAUGGGGAGGUGAUGCCCGGCCAGUGGGAAUUUCAAGUUGGACCUGCUGUCGGCAUCUCAGCUGGUGAUGAGGUUUGGAUUGCUCGUUACAUAUUGGAGAGGAUUGCUGAAAUAUCUGGAGUGGUUGUCUCAUUCGACCCCAAGCCCAUCCAGGGUGACUGGAAUGGAGCUGGUGCUCACACUAACUAUAGCACAAAAUCGAUGAGGGCUGAUGGUGGCUAUGAAGUCAUCAAAAAGGCCAUUGAGAAGCUCAGCCAUAGGCACAUAGAGCACAUUGCCGCCUAUGGUGAGGGCAACGAGCGCCGGUUAACCGGAAAACACGAGACUGCUGACAUCAAAACUUUUAAAUGGCAAAAGGGUUCUGAUGCUGCUAUGACUAUGGGCACUGAAUCUGCGAUGUAUGCAGAGGAAGCUUCAAACAAGAAUGACCUUCUCGACAACAUUCUUCCCGCUUCCAUUUCUGAAUAUGUUGAAUUGGUUAAUGCUCACAUUGCUGCUGGGUCAAAUUACCGAUUUGUAUCCCGACAACUGCUACUUUUGGGUGCUAUGCUUGAUUUCUCUGAUGCUUCGAAUAGAAAGGUGGCUGGUGAAUUUGUUCAGAGUCUGUUGUAUAAAGCCCUUGAUCAUGAAGUGGACGAUAAUGGCAAUGAAGUAGUCAUUGGAGAUGGCUUCAAUUUAGGGGGGGAGAGAGAUUGGGCUGCUGCUGUAGCGGAGUUGGCAAAGAAAGUCCAUGCAGCUACUGGCGAGUUUGAAGAAGUUGUUCUUAGAGUGGUGGACGAGCUCGCUCGGCCUUGCAGGGACAGAACGGCGGACUGUAAGCAAUGGCUGCACUGUCUUGCUGUGGUUGCCCUUAUUUUGCAGAACACAACUUCAUUUCGUGAAAUGCAAGGAAGGGCUAUUGACCCUGUUGAAAUUCUUCAUUCUCUCUUGCUUCCAGGGACUCCUUUGUCUGAUGAGCCAACCCCGUCCGACCCACCGACGCCGUUGCCACCGCCGGUUACUCGAACCGCAUCUUCUACUCCCGCCGAUCACCAUCCAGCCACUCCAGAUGAGGGCACCUCCCACUCGGACGAUAGCUCGGAGAUGACAGGCUCCCCACACUCGCCAGCUGCAGCUUCGGCACCCAUCGCCGCCGCACCAGCUCCUUCCCGGCGACCAGAACGCACGCGCUGCCCACCUGCCCGAUUGGACGAUUAUCAUUGUUACUCGGUCGUGCCGACCCCCUCUUGCUGCAAGCCCACUCCAUCUACUUCUUCAGGUAUGGUCUAUCCCAUUGAGCGUUUCGUCAAUUAUAACAGUUUUUCUUCAUCUCACUUGGCCUUCUUAGCUGCACUGGAUUCUGAGGUAGAACCACGGUCUGAUAUAGCACAUAAGAGUAGCUCGGUAAAUCCAAGAAAUAAUAGCUCGAAAUAUGAACCGGAGUUAGCUGGGAUGGUGAGUUUGAGGACAGCUCAUCCAUAUUAA